UGCUUGAAUAAGCAAACUACUUUGGAAGAAACAUGUCCUCGUCUUCUUCCCGGCUGCAAUUCGUAUUUUUACACUUCAUUUUAUAUUUCACAUGCUUAUUGCUUUCCAUUGAAUCAGAAAUUUCAAGGCUUGUUACAGACAAGGAAGCUUUACUCUCAUUCAAGUCGCAAAUAAGAACUUCGGCCCCCCUGAAUCCGCUUUCACAAUGGGAGCUAAACUUAUCUCCAUGUAACUGGACUGGAGUUGUCUGCAACAGACGCAGCACCAGAGUGAUUGCGCUCAACCUUUCCGGAUUUCAUCUUGAAGGUUCCAUAAGCCCCCACAUUGGGAACCUGUCCUUCCUUCGUUCUCUUCAACUUCAAGAGAAUAAACUCUCGGGUGCACUGCCUGAUCAAAUGGAGAAUCUUUUUCGCUUGAGAAAUCUAAAUUUGAGCCAAAACAGUUUAAAUGGUGUGAUUCCAUCGAAUAUAACCAAAUUGACUGAGCUUAGAGCUCUUGAUUUGAUGUCAAAUAGGAUUACCGGAGGUAUUCCUAAAGAUCUUGACCGGCUUGUCAAUCUUCAAGUUCUAAACUUGGGACGAAACCUUUUCACAGGUGCAAUUCCAGCUUCUAUAGCAAAUAUUUCAUCACUCGAUACUCUGAAUUUGGGAACCAACACUCUUACAGGAACCAUUCCCACCGAGUUGAGUCGUCUUCGAAAACUAAAGGUGCUUGACCUGACCAUUAAUUACCUAAUGGGGACUGUUCCUUCUUCCAUCUACAACAUGUCUUCCCUGGUUGUUUUGGCCUUAGCUUCCAACGAUCUUUGGGGCAGACUUCCCUACAACGUUGGGGUUACACUUCCUAAUCUUUUGGUCUUCUGCUUUUGCUUCAAUAAGUUCACCGGAGGAAUUCCAGGCUCUUUGCACAAUCUUACCAAUAUAAAAGUCAUUCGCAUGGCACACAAUCUUCUCGAAGGAACAGAGCCACCGGGUUUGGGAAAUCUUCCAUUUCUAGAAACGUAUAACAUUAGGUACAACAAGAUUGUUAGCACAGGUCUUGAGUACAUCAUCACUUCUUUGACCAACAGCUCUCAUCUAAAGUUUCUUGCUUUAGAUGGUAAUCCUUUGGGCGGUGAAAUUCCAGAAUCCGUCGGUAAUCUUUCCAAGGUGCUCGGGAAACUGUACAUUGGAGAAAGUCGUAUUUCUGGCAACAUACCAUCAUCAAUUUCCCAACUUAGUGGCUUGACUUUGCUUGAUUUGAGUUACAAUUCCAUCUCCGGCGAAAUACCGCCCGAGAUCGGUAAACUGGUGGAACUCCAAGUAUUGAAUUUGGCCAGAAAUCAGAUAUCUGGUCGGAUUCCAAGAAAUCUUGGUGAUCUUCAACAAUUAAACCAAAUCGAUUUGUCUGGAAAUCAACUGGUGGGUCAAAUACCUUCUAGUUUUCAAAACUUCCAGAAAUUGCUCUCCAUGGAUUUGUCCCACAACAGGCUCAACGGAAGCAUCCCCAAAGAAAUUCUCAAUAUCCCAAGCUUGAGCACUGUGUUGAACCUGUCCAAGAAUUCUCUUAAUGGACCAAUUCCUGAAGAGAUCGGACUUCUAAAAAGUGUUGUUGCAAUUGACCUGUCUAUGAACCAUUUGUCUGGUAAUAUUCCCAGUUCGAUUAAAGAUUGCAUGAGCUUGGAGAAAUUAUACAUGGCCGAGAAUAAGCUGUCAGGCCCAAUUCCAGGAGAGAUUGGGGAAGUGAAAGCACUGGAAGUGUUGGAUCUCUCAUCAAACCAACUUUCAGGCUCCAUUCCUGCAGAUCUUCAAAAGCUACAAAUCCUUCAAUUGUUGAAUCUCUCUUUCAAUGACUUGGAAGGAGCCCUACCAAGCGGUGGGAUUUUCAAGAAUCUUUCUAGCGUCGAUUUGGAGGGUAACAGAAAGCUUUGCUCGCCCUUGACUUGUAAGAACACGCGUGGCCGCCAUGGAACAUUAGUCAAAGUUUUUGUUAGUGUAGCUGUGAUUGCAACAUUUGCUUUGUGUUCCAUUGUAGCCUCGUUGUUCUAUAUAAAAAAGGGCAAGCACAUGAUAACUGAAACUUCUGAACAGAUGAAGGAGCAACACCAGUUGAUCUCAUACCACGAGAUCCGCAAUGCAACUCAGAAUUUCAACCCUGGAAAUUUGAUUGGCGAUGGGAGCUUUGGUUCGGUUUAUAAAGCUUAUCUUAAUGGAGUCUUUGUGGCAAUCAAGGUCCUAGAUAUUGGGCGGACUGGAUCCUGGAAGAGCUUUCGAGCCGAAUGUGAAGCUCUAAGAAACGUGAGGCACCGCAAUAUGGUCAAGCUAAUCACGUCAUGCUCGGGUGUGGACAACAAAAACGUGGAAUUCCUGGCAUUGGUGUACGAAUACCUUGCCAAUGGAAGCGUCGAAGACUGGCUUAAGGGGAACAAAAGGAAUGCAGUUGGACGUGGGUUAAAUGUUAUGGAAAGAUUGAAUGUGGCCAUUGACGUGGCUUCGGCAAUUGAUUAUCUGCACCACGACUGUGCAGUGGCCGUGGUGCACUGUGAUUUGAAGCCCAGCAACAUUCUUUUGGACCAAGACAUGACUGCCAAGGUCGGCGAUUUCGGGUUGGCGAGGAUGCUGAUGGAAAAAUCAAGCGAUCAACCUUCCAUUAGCUCCACCAAUGCCCUAAAGGGUUCUAUAGGAUACAUACCUCCAGAGUAUGGGGUUGGAGGGAAGCCAUCAACAGCCGGGGAUGUCUAUAGCUUUGGAGUGAUGUUGCUGCAGUUAUUUACAGGGAAGAGUCCAACCCACGAAAGCUUUGUCGGAGAACUAAGUCUAACUAAAUGGACACAAUCGGCUUUCCCUUGCAAUGUUAACCAAAUUCUCGAUCCUGAACUCCUAUUAUUGUUGCAAGAUUUGCAGAACGAUAAUCAACUGAAAAACACAGACCAUAAUUGCUUAACAACAAUCAUCGGAGUUGGACUGUCUUGCACCUCAGUUUCCCCUAAUGGACGGAUCACCAUGAGAGACGCCCUUCGCAAGCUUAAAACAGUGAAGAACAAUCUCAUCAACCGUUCACCUCCAAGCAAAAAAAGAGCUUGA